AUGACAGACUACGUCGAGCUUUUCAAAAGAGGCGGUAACCAAGCCAUAAAGAUCAAUCCACCAACAGGUGCUGAUUUCCACAUUACCAACCGUGGUUCCGAUUGGUUAUGGGCUGCUUUUUGUGUUUUCCUAUUAAUGGCAAUGGUCUUGAUCGGUUUAAUGUUCAGAAAACCAGCAAACGAAAGAAUAGUGUACUGCACCGCUAUCGCCCCUGUUUUGUUCAUGUCGAUCAAUUAUUUCACUAUGGCUUCUAACUUGGGUUGGAUUCCAGUACACGCAAAGUAUAACCACGUCAAAAUCGACAAUCAACCGGACCAUCCAGGUACUAGACAAGUUUUCUAUUCCAGAAAAAUUGGUUGGUUUAUGGCUCUUCCAUGGCCAAUCGUUCAAGCCUCACUUUUCGGUAACACCCCAAAGUGGCAAAUUGCUUUCAAUGUUGGUGUUGCUGAAAUCUUUUCUGUUUGUUACUUGAUCGCUGGCUGUGUCUAUUCCACCUACAAAUGGGGUUACUACAGUAUUGGCGCCGCCGCUAUCGUUAUCUGCAGUAUUUCUGUUAUGACCACAACAAGAAACUUGGUUAGAAACAUUGGUAGAGAUGUGUUCUACGUCUUCAACUGGUUCUUUGGUAUUAUUAUGUUCAUUUGGUUGAUCUACCCAAUCUGUUUCGGUCUAUGUGAAGGUGGUAACGUUAUCCAACCGGACUCCGAGGCCGUUUGGUAUGGUAUUCUUGAUAUUAUAUUGUUAGGUUGUGUUCCAUGUUUGUUCAUUCCUUUAGCAAGUUACCUUGGUUUGGAAAGAUUAGGUUUAGCUAACAACGGUAACAAUUUCCAACCAUUGCCAUCAGAAAAGACCAUGAACAGUAUUGCUUCCGCUAGAAACUCUGGUGAAACCGCUGUUUCAACACCAAAGCCAAAACCAGCUAAGAAAUCAAAGAAAUCUAAGAAAUAA